AAUAUGAACAAAUGUUGGAUCGCGUUUAUAUUUGCUAAAGAAAACAAAGUGCGAAAUGGAAGAAAUUUGCCGUUUUUGCACAUUGAACUGUAACACGCUGGAAAAUAUAUUUGACGAGCGAGAGCUAACGGAUAAUGAGCCCCUAAUUGGUAUGCUGGAAUGUUGUACAAAUUGCGAAAUUAUUGAAUCGGAUACAUUGCCUCAAAACAUUUGUGGGCCGUGCACAUCAGCUGCUGAAAAUGCAUUUGAAUUUAAGCUCAGAUGCGAGAAAAGCCAAAAAUAUUUUAGAGAACUCCUGAGCGAAUACAAACAGCCCAAAAUCAAGUACGAAAUUGAGGAAGUUUGUCGCUUUUGCACGAUAAACUGCACCACACUGGAGAAUAUAUUUAUUAAGCGAGAGCAGACAGAUAAUGAGCCCCUCAUAAUUGUUAUGCUGGAGUAUUGUACCGACUGUGAAAUCAGAGAAUCCGAUUCGUUGCCCCAAAACAUAUGUGGACCCUGCAUAUCGGCAGCUAAGAAUGCAUUUGAAUUCAAGAUGAAAUGCGAGCAAAGUCAAAAUUAUUUGAGGGAACUCCUGAGCGACCGGGAUCAGAAGCCCGACAUCGAGGAGCUCAUCACAGGCGAUUGGUGUCCAACAGAAAGUACCUUGGACGAUGUACACUUAAAAACAGAACAGGAUAAAACUGUUGGUGAAGAUAACUUCUCCGGCAGUGAGGAAAACUCUAGAGCAGAAGCAUCUGUGGAUGACGAUUACUCUAAGGAAACUGAAGGAAGCUCAUCAGAGGAAGAAACUAAGGAAACAAAGAAGGAAUCAACUGUUAUGAAGACCAAUGGGACGAAAUCGCAUAUAUGCCAUCAUUGCAACAGUAGAUUCUCUUGGAAAUCGCAACUAAUCAGACACUCCCUUGCUCAUACGGACGAACGUCCUUUUGAGUGUCCUCACUGUCCACUCCGCUUUAAAACGAAUAAAGUUCUCAAGGCGCAUAUACGGAUUCAUACUGGAGAGUGUCCAUAUAAAUGUCACCUUUGCUCGGCUAAAUUCAAGAGGAUUGAUGAGCGAAACAAACACGUUUUGAGCCACACUGGCGAGCGUCCUUAUAAAUGUUCACAUUGCAGCAAGGGCUUUAAGAGUCGCAGCAUUCUGAACAAGCACAUUCGAACUCAUAGUGAUCAAAAAGAACACAAGUGUCCACACUGUCCGAAGGAGUUCAAUAUCAAGUAUUAUCUUGAUAAGCACAUUCGGGUUCAUACAGGAGAGCGGCCAUACAAAUGUCCCCAGUGCCCAAAGACGUUCACACGAAGCGAAGUCCUCAAAACGCAAAAAAACGCACACAAUGCGAAAUUUGAAUAAAAAUGUUCCAACUGCCCAAAACCUUUUCCAAAGAGAUUUCUUUAAUCAAACAUAUUCAAAAAGUUCAUGAAAAACGUCUC